UUCAUGUGAACGACUGUUCAGUAUACGGACAUUCCUCCGUCGGUUGGUUGGAUUUUGCUACUGUGGUGUUGCGUGCGAUAAAGUGGACUGUGUAGUGUGGCGUUAUUUACACCGCAUUCGUUUCAACCUGAAUGCUAAUUGUACACUUCAAAAUAGGUAACACAGUGGGAAAUAUAAUUACUAAAGUAAUUAUAUUGUAAGUGCACAAGGCUCUAAACUUAUGAUUGCCAAUAUUUGCAACCGAAGUGAAACAGUACAAACAUGAUCCGUGGUAUCCCAUCGAGCCUUUCUCAACUGAGCAAUGUUACCAAUGUAAUUAAAAAGUCCUGGAAGAACCAGUGUGUCGUACUGUUAAGCACAAAGUCCAAUUUAGGAAAUCUCAGGGAACACACCUUCCCCACUGAGAAUGGUUUUGAGCAAAACUCGCUGUAUGCGAAGUCGCUACCGGUGCCUUUAACUACUCUGGAUCAGUAUGUAUGGGAUAAGGUCGAUCGCUGGACCAAUAAGACUGCAGUGGUGUGUGGUGUGACGGGUAGAAACUACACCUACGGUAAACUUCGCGACCGUUGUGCUGCGCUGGCAAGUCGGCUGCAACAAAUCUGUAAACUGAAUCCCGGUGACACUCUCGCCAUAUGUCUUCCAAAUGUGCCCGAAUAUCCAGCGAUUGCACUGGGAGCGAUAGAGGCGGGUUUAGUUGUGACCACGAUCAAUCCUAUCUAUACAGUUGAGGAAAUCAGUAGGCAACUGAUUGAUAGUGAUUCAAAGAUCCUUUGUGGGACAUCUUCAAACUACUCAGUAUUGAAGGAGGCAACAAACUUGGCCAAAAAACAGAUUCCAAUCGUUUGUAUACGAACAAGUCCUGAUGAUAUACUUCCCGAUGGGGCAAUCGAUUUCAUGGAAUUAUCGGAUCCUGCAGGAGUACUGUUCGGCAACACCCCGCGUCACAACCGCCAGCCAGAAGAUAUUGCGUUUCUACCAUACUCAUCAGGAACAACUGGGCUCCCGAAAGGGGUCGAAUUGACACAUACCAAUAUUAUUUGCAACAGUGAAAUGUUGAUUACCAAAACUGGGGAAGAGUGUAUUAUACGACCAACGACGGACACUUUUCAGGACGUAUUGCCCUGCGUGCUUCCUUUUUUUCAUAUCUAUGGAUUAACGGUGACAAUGAUUUCAAAGCUGGUCCGGGGAACCAAACUUGUUACACUUCCAGCAUUUCGGCCCGACACCUUUCUUGCGUCACUAACUGAACAUAAAGGGUCAGUUUUGCAUCUUGUUCCUCCGAUUAUUCUCUUCCUGAGUAAUGCUGAGAUGGUUAAACCGGAACAUUUGGUGUCUGUACGAAACAUUUUCUCUGGUGCUGCACCUAUGGGAGCAUCAGAUGCCGAAAGACUGAUAUCAAAGGCACCGAACAUCAACUUUGCCCAGGGAUACGGGCUAACUGAGACUUCGCCAGUUGUUUUGCUUGGAUCGCUGGGGAGCAAGAAUUAUGCUUCCGUUGGAUCACCUGCGCCACUAACUCAAGCGAAAAUAGUCGGACUGAAUGAUCCAACAAACACCGCCCUUGGACCCAACCAAAGUGGUGAACUUCUUAUAAGAGGACCACAGAUCAUGAAAGGUUACCACAAUAAUAAAACUGCAACAGAUGACAUAUUCGCUGGAGAUGGUUGGCUUCGGACGGGAGACAUUGGUCAUUACGAUGAAAACUUGCAUUUUUACAUCACCGAUAGACUGAAAGAAUUGAUCAAAGUAAAAGGUUUUCAAGUGGCACCGGCAGAGCUGGAAGAACUUCUGCGCGACCAUCCGGAUGUGGAGGAUGCAGCCGUAGUGGGCCAGGCACACCCUGUUUCUGGCGAAGUACCACGUGCAUUUAUAGUUGCGAAAAAAUAUUCUAAAGUUACCGAGAGUGCCCUGCAGCAGUAUAUUGCUGGGCGGGUAGCCGUAUAUAAAAAGCUGGAUGGGGGCGUAACUUUCCUCGAUUGUAUCCCUAAAAAUGCCUCCGGAAAAAUUCUACGGCGACAGCUCAAAGAGGAAUAUUGCUCCUGAUGUGAGCACUCUUGAAUGAACGAUAAAUUGUUGGCACUUCAAACGGAAGCAUCAUUCCCUGAGAAUCGAUACUCGCUAAUGAUUCUGAAGCAAUUGUGUAAGCGAAAUUUCGGUGAAUUAAUAACUAUUUUUUACCCAAGAACGUUGUUUACAAAAAUUAAAAUAAAUACGAUAAGGAAAUACAGUGUUAUAUUUUAUUAAAUAAUGAAAA